UGUACCAUAAAUGCAAAUGGCGGUUCAGCGUGAGCAGCAGUACAUGAUGUAUAUCUAGUUCCACCUCUGAGAAAUUGCUUCACCUCAGCUCUAGCACAAACCUGACUUCUCUUCCGUCUGAACAGCACACACGAGUGUGGCGUUUGAGAAGCAGAUACAUCCUCUUUCUGAACGCAUGGCUGUCCGGUUCCACAUCUAACACUAUUUUGUAUGAGAAAGACACUUAGUAAAUAAAGGCAGGACUGAAACAGCAGAGAUCUGAAAUCUCGGGGCGGUGCGUGGUGGUCUCACAGUCACUGCUGAUCUCCAGUGAGACUAGGGAAGAGUGGAGAAGGAAAGGGAAAAAAAAGAAGAAUAACGACAAAUUCGCGGCUCUUAUCGUGAAGAAUUGUUUAUUUUGGAAAGGGACAUCUCUGCUGUACCAUUUCGGGUAGCAAAAUAUGGAAUGUGUCCAGCUGACGGCACACAAAACAAACUGUACUGACGUGCUGAAAACCACCAGUUAGCAGCUCUUCUACCCCUUGAACACUAAAAAGCGACUUUGUUAAAUUGGGGGGGGGGAGAAGUAAAAAAAAAAAACACAACAAAAAAAAAAACACAUUUGUUUACACAUUCUGUUUUAUAAACAUUCAAGCUUUUUUUGUUAAAAUACAUUUAUUUUUUUUUAUAACUGCUUUGCACUCAACAAAUAAUCCAGGAUGGAUAUGGAGAACUACUUGUGGUUGCUGAUCCUGGGUUUCAUCAUUGCCUUUGUGUUGGCCUUUUCUGUCGGUGCCAAUGAUGUGGCCAAUUCAUUUGGGACAGCUGUGGGCUCCGGAGUGGUGACUCUGCGGCAGGCCUGCAUCCUGGCUUCGAUAUUCGAGACCCUCGGCUCAGUACUGCUCGGGGCCAAGGUGGGAGAAACCAUACGAAAGGGCAUCAUAGACGUCAACCUCUAUAACAACAGUGUGGACGCGCUGAUGGCUGGGGAGGUCAGCGCCAUGGCUGGCUCUGCAGUGUGGCAGCUGAUUGCUUCUUUCUUGAAGUUGCCUGUUUCCGGCACGCACUGUAUUGUGGGAGCCACCAUUGGUUUCUCGCUGGUUGCAAUUGGUACCCAAGGUGUCCAGUGGAUGCAGCUGGUCAAGAUUGUUGCCUCUUGGUUCAUUUCUCCUCUGCUGUCUGGUCUGAUGUCUGGGUUCCUCUUUCUCCUCAUCAGAUUUUUUAUCUUAAACAAGGAUGACCCAGUGCCCAAUGGCCUCCGCGCUCUUCCUAUAUUCUAUGCUGCUACUAUAGGGAUUAACACCUUCUCAAUCAUGUACACAGGAGCUCCAUUGCUGGGACUGCAGUUACUUCCUGUAUGGGCGAUAGUUCUGAUAACAUUAGCCGGUUCGCUAGUGUGUGCUGCUUUAGUGUGGUUUGUGGUGUGUCCUUGGUUGAGAAGAAAGCUUACAAGUCAACAGAAGAAGGCAAACUCCCUGUCAAGGAUAUCAGACGAGAGUCUCGACAAGAUCGAGGAUGAGGAUGCACCAGUAUUCAAGGAGUUGCCGGGGGCGAAGGGGACAGAUGAGUGUGUGGUACCUCUCACCAGCAGGGUCACCGAGGAGUCGGGGGAACCGGAACCUCUGGCCAAUGGAAACUCUGUCUUCCCGAACGGACGGGUAUAUGGCAGGGCAUCCUCCAUGACUAAUGGCAGCUUGAAGUCGCCAGUCUCAAAUGGCUCCUUCAGCUUCGAUGGGCACAUGCGCAGUGACGGGCAUGUCUAUCACACUGUACACAAGGACUCUGGUCUGUACAAGGACCUGCUGCACAAAAUCCACAUGGGGAGGAUGGACGAUGACCGCGUGGCCCCUUCUGCUGACAACAAUUACCGGCUGCUGCGGCGCAACAACAGCUACACCUGCUACACGGCGGCAAUCUGUGGCCUGCCUGUGCAAAACGCCUUCCGGCCAGUCGAGCCAGUGGCUCCAGAGGACAGUGAGAAGCUUGUGGGAGACACUGUGUCCUACUCCAAGAAGCGCAUCCGCUAUGACAGCUACUCCAGCUACUGCAAUGCGGUGGCAGAGGCGGAGGUUGAGGAGGAGGAGGGGGGCGUGGAAAUGAAGCUGGCGGCUGACGCCAUGCAGACCCCCACGAUGGUGCCCACAGAAGACUCAGCUGAGGAGGAGAAGGAGGAAAAAGACAAACCCCAGGUCUUCCUGCUCUUCCACUUCCUGCAGAUCCUCACCGCCUGCUUCGGUUCAUUUGCACAUGGGGGCAACGACGUCAGCAAUGCCAUUGGCCCCUUGGUUGCCCUGUGGAUGAUCUAUGAUCAGGGCGGCGUGAUGCAAGAGGCUGCCACCCCUGUCUGGCUGCUCUUCUACGGAGGUGUGGGUAUCUGCGCUGGCUUAUGGGUUUGGGGUCGAAGGGUCAUUCAGACCAUGGGCAAGGACCUCACCCCAAUCACCCCCUCCAGUGGAUUCACUAUUGAGCUGGCUUCGGCGCUCACAGUUGUGUUUGCCUCCAAUAUUGGACUUCCUAUCAGUACCACACACUGCAAGGUGGGCUCAGUAGUUGCAGUGGGAUGGAUUCGGUCAAAGAAAGCUGUGGACUGGCAUCUGUUCAGGAAUAUCUUCCUGGCCUGGUUUGUGACGGUUCCAGUGGCAGGGCUGUUUAGUGCUGCUUGCAUGGCCCUCUUCAUGUAUGGCAUUCUUCCAUUCGUCUGAAUGUCACACCAAGGGAGAAGACAGAAUCAGCACCUAACAGGCUGGAGUUCAUAUGGGCGAAGACGGAGGUGUGGGAAUGGGAUGAGACUUUCUCGGGAUGGUUCAGAAAUUCGUUUUACUUUCCUUUUUCCUUUUUUUUUUUUAAGAAAAAAAGCAAAUAAGUAUCUAAAGCAGAACGCUUUUUCAUCCACCACAUCUAACCUAUACAUAACACUAUCUGUGUCAUUUUUGGUGGCAUGUGGUAUAACAUGUAUGUGGUGCAGUAUAUUUAAAAAUAUAUCUAACUAUAUAUAACUAUUAGUGAUUAAUACUACUUCAGUACUAUUGAAAGUUUGUGGGUA